CGAAGGGUGAACCAAACACCAAUUUAUUAUUUAAGUACUUUUGCAUAGAGCUACGACGGUUAAAGGAUACUGGAAUGAACAUUGAUGGAAAAAUGUACUCGGUGUCAUUACUACAAGUAAAUCUUGAUUCCGUGGCGAGGUGCAAAGUACAGAACAUGAAGCAAUACAACGGAUUAUAUGGUUGCACAUAUUGCCUACAUCCAGGAGAAACAAAAGUUUCGAAUAAUUCGAGAUGUUAUCCCAACAUGCAUAAUGUACGCAAACGAGAAGACACACCCACAAGACAGUUGAUGGAAGAAGUAUCUACCACAGGCAUAGAGAAGCUUGGGGUGAUGGGAAAAUCUGUAUUUACUUUUUUGCCUGAUUUUGAUAUCAUCGACUGCUUUCCUCCAGAUUAUAUGCACGCAAUAUUGCUCGGCGUAAUGAAACAGUUGUGGAGUUUAUGGACGGAAAGUGAAAAUCAUAAGCAACCUUUCUACAUUGGUAACCGCUUGAAGGGAGAAAUUGAAAAGAGAAUGUUGAGCUUUAGACCUCCUAGUGUUUUUCCUAGAUAUCCGCGGCAGUUGAAGGAAUAUAAGAAAUACAAGGCGAAUGAGUGGGAAGCUGUUCUUCUCCAUUAUUUAUAUCCGGCCGUUACUAAUAUUUUACCAAAACAAUUUCUUGACCAUGUCAUGUUGCUAUCAUCAUCGAUUCACCAGUUAUUAGACCCAAAAUUGAACGAAGCCACGAUACAUUCAUGCGAAAUGAACUUAAACAUGUUUCUGCAGCAAUUUGAAACACUAUAUGGUAAAGAUAACAUGUCGUAUAAUGUUCAUUUAACGGGACACAUCAUCGAAGCUGUUUACAAUUUUGGAGCCUUAUACAAUUUUUCGUUAUUCCCAUAUGAGUCAGGAAACGGAAUGCUCCUCGGGUUCCGAACUGGCAAUAAAAGUCCACUUGUGCAAAUCGAAAGGAAAUAUUAUAUGAACAAGUUAUGCCACCGCAACUAUCUUGAUUUAAAUCCAGAUGUGAAAAAUUGGAUUCAAACUUUAUGGUCAAAACAGAAAAGCUCUGUUCAGUACGAUCCAAAAGGAAUAUAUAUCUUAAAUGAUAAUCUUAUGUUUGAUGCAGACGUAGUCGAAAGAUCGUUUAGCGUCCAUGGUAAAAUGUAUUCUAAAAGUUUUAAUGUAUGUACCAAACAAACAUGCCAUGCACACAAAUAUGAUGAUUCAUGGGUUUACAUAAACGAAAAUUUCUACGCCAUUGUAGAAAUUUUAUGUGAUCAGAAUAAUAUUGUUUACAUUGCUGGGCAACAACUGCACUCCAAAAAGUUAUGCCAUAAUAUUUAUUCAUAUGAACUAACAAAUAUUAUUAAAGUAAUGCGAGUCAACGACACAUUUCGUCAAUGUAUAAAUAUGUGCAUAAAAAUGAACGAUCGAUCAUUGCAGUUUAUUUCUAAAUGUAAAAUCCGUACACAAAUUGAUUGA